ACAUGGCGGCGCCGGGCUGGGCGGAGGGAGCCUGGUAGCGCCCGGUGCCGUCCCCGCCAUGGCGGACCUGGGCCGGCAGCUCCACGAGUACCUCGCCCAGUCCAAGGCUGCUGCUGCUGCCACCGGCCCCAGCGCGGCGCCCGCACCGCCGGCCGCCGGCGGCUCGCAGGAGGAGGCGGGGGACGGCGGCGGGCUGCGGGCCUGGCUGGGGGCGCUGAACGCGCUCCCGGCGGGCGCUCCCCCCGGCGCCACGGUGUGGCCGUGGACGGGAGAGGAGGACCCGUGGCUGCGGGGGCUGUCGCGCUGGCAGCGGCUGGCGGGCAGCGGGCUGUGCGCGCUUCUGGCCGCGCUGUGCUUCGCGCUGGCCGGGCUGUGCGCGCCGCUGCUGCUGCUGCGCGCCCGCAAGUUCGCGCUGCUCUGGUCGCUGGGCUCGCUGUGCGCGCUGGGCGCCGCCGCGCUGCUGCGCGGGCCCGCCCGGCUGCUGCGGGAGCCCGGCCGCGGGGCGCUGCUGUACCUCGGGGCGCUCCUCGGGACGCUGUACGCCGCGCUGGGGCUGCGCAGCACCGCGCUGACGGCGCUGGGCGCCGCCGCGCAGCUCGGCAUCGCCGCCGCCGCGCUCCUGGCCGCGCUGCCCGGCGGCGCCGCCGGCCUGCGCCGCCUGGCCGGGCUGCUCCGCGCCGCGCUGUGCGGCCGGGGCAAGGCGCUGCCGCUGUGAGCCCGGCGCAACGGCGGAGGAGCGGCGCGGCCCCGCGGGAGCCCCUCGCACACGGGCCGGGAGCCUCGCGAUGUGUUCAGCCGCCUCCGAGACGGGGGACGCCGCUUCUCUUCGCCUCCUCCGCGUCCUGGCACGUUUUCCUCGGUAGCGCCCGAGGAGCAGCGGCAGGGCUGGCAGCCCCGGUGACGCGGAGCUGCAGCGCUGUGUGCGGUGUCAGCCUGCCGAGCCGCCCCGGGCUCGUUACUCGCCUCACCAGGGCUCGGCAUCGCUCCACCUCUGGGUGGGGAGCCGCAGCAUCGCUCGUGCCUCCAGCCUGGGGCCGUGUGGCUGCUGCACGGCUGCUGCGGAGCGCCGGAUCGGAGCCCGUGCGCUGCCCCUGCGGAUUCGCCCGGUGCUGAGGAGCAGCUGAGGUGCGCAAGGCUGACGGAUGCCGAAACACGAAGAUGAUUUAGCAAAAUGCGAUCGAGGCUAGGGGACGACAUUGAAAAAUUAACUGGUUUUGUGCUGACCCCUACACUAUGAACACAUACUGUUUUUGCUGUCACCUCAGACCAGUGGUGAAUACGAAGACUGUGGCCAAUGAACUGCAUUUCUCUCUAAAAAGCAGCUUUAAAAUAACCAUCCAGACCUUCCUGAGGGGUACCUGCAGAGAAGUACUUACGUGGUAACAUUUUCACUGAGGCUUUAGGUGUUAAAGGAGCCUUCUGGUAAUGUGGUGGCUGGGGAUGAUUAACAGGAAUGAUUUGUGGGGAAAACAAACUCAUGGUUGGAUGGCAGACUAGCAAGCAGUGGUGAUUGCCUGCAUUUUGGAAUUUUAACCUCAGCACCACUGUACACACCUGUGGCUAAAGGUGAAAAUGAAACUUCUCCAUACAUGAUAAACCAAAACCCUAGGAAUCGGCUCUCAGUAUUUUAAAUGGCUGAGAUUUCAGGAGGUAGUACUGUUGCUGCAUCUGAAACACAAGUUUGCCUAAAUACAACCCUCUGUAGUAAUAGGUCCACCUGGAGCAUCCAUGUCUCUGUGGUCAGAGGUUCCCGGUCCAUCGUGCCAGGGGCGUUUCCGUGGUGGCAGUGAGGCCAUAUCCAUGCCCUGGAGUGAAGAGGAACGUUCUCUGUUGGCUGGAGAGUGCCCAUCAUGAGGAGGGUGAUCUGGACGAGGACCUGUGCACGAAAACAAAGGAUAAGAUUCUGGUUUCCUCCCUCCUUCAAAGCGUGGGAAUUCAUCUGGAGUAGGAAGCAAACCCUUCCGAGCUCCUGAGCAGUAAGAGAAGCAGGGGACAGGAGUGAGAAGAGACAUUGCAUUCAUGCGAAUGAUGUCGUCUCUCCAAGAAAUGCCUUUCCUUCCUCAUCCUUGCAUUUCUGUGUGGAAGAGCAUUCCCCUUACCUCUCAGAGCACCUCGACCUCGUCCCCGAGCACCAUGGUCCCUUCCUCUGGAGUUUUCAUCUGGAGAGUCAAAAGCAUCAUCUGGCCCAAAAUCUUCAGGGCCAGGAAAGCCAUCUCUGCCCCUGGGUCCCCGGCCCUCGUGUCUUGAGGGUCCUCCUCUUCGGAAGCUACAACAAAGAACAUUAUACAAACGUGGUUUUUAGGCAUAAUUGAGUCAGCUUCAGUUUAAUUAUCAACUCAUUUCUAAACUGUUUCAUUUAAUGCUACAGCACAUACAGUUACUAAAACAGGAUUUGUAGGUGGGAAAGUGCCCAUUUUUGCCUUUGAGCACUUUGAUAGUAAGCUUUGUAAUCUUCCUCUCACAUUUCCUUCCACUGAUUAUGUUGGCUUUUCAUACAAGAAAAAUAUUAUUAAACACACUGCAUUCAUUUAAUGAAAAGGUGGGAAGAACAACUGAUGAGUGAUGAUAGAUACAAGGUGAGGUAAGGCAAGGUAUAAGUGAGUUUCCCUUAACUCUGAUGGUCUUACAUUCCCCUUCCCUUUUUUCCUUUCCAUUUCCAUCAUAAAACAAACUGAAAACAUAGAAGCGAUGAGAGUCAUGGCUAUAACAAAACAUUACAGGAUCUCAUUCCUAUUAGUUCUAUGAUUCUUUUGCCAGACAACUCUCCUUUUCAUUCCAUUCUUCAAAGUUUACAAUUUUAGCAAAUGCAUCUAGACUGCCCUUGUAUGUGUAGGCAUAGUGACAGCUGAACAGUGCACAGUGGCAUUCUGCAACCUGAAGAGCAGUUUAACCAACUGCAGUAAUGAAUUUUGUGUUGCAAAUUGUGAUUAUGGCCCUGAAAUUGAUAAUUGCUGUCUAUUAAGUACCAAGGGCAUCCUCAGGAAUUUGCUACAAUUGGGUUCUGCACUGCAUCUUAGUGAGUGCAGCCUCCUCCAGCACUGCACUGGGGGCUGGGACAGCUCUUCAGAGGGGAGAAUGGCUCUUCAUGAGCUGUCAGUGCCAUGCCAGGUAAGCCUGCAGCUGGCUGUGUGAAUAACUAGCAGUUCUGUUCCUGGCACAAGCAGUUCAAACACCUGAAGGGUUUGCAAAGCUCAGCCCUGCCCUGUGAGGAUGCCUGUCUAUCACAGCUCAGCUGAGGUGGCACAGGCACACUGCUGUCCCCACUGUGCCACCCACGCUACUCUGCCCACCCUCAGUGACAGCACACGGUGUGGAGCUCUCCUUGCCCAGUCACAGGUGCCUCCCACCUCCCCAGUGUUCCCAGUUCCACUCUGGCUGAACUGGAAGCAUCACAGUAUUCCCAUGGUGUUGGCUGUGUGCAGCAUCCCCUUCCCCAGCUCAUUAAAGACACAGUGCAUCCUAUUACAAGCAAAACUUUAGAUACUUUUAUUUAGAAUUUUAACAACAUUAACCUUUUAAUUACAAAUUUAAAUAUUUUAACAGUAGUCAUAACACAAUACAAUAUUUUUAAACUUUUACAUUGUUUUUAAUAAAAAACAAUAGGUCUGUCUCCACCUCCCAGAAAACAAACACAAUACAGAGAGGAGGCUGCUGUGCCUGUACAGGUACAGCAGUGGAUGGAGGAGUGCUUUGUAUGGACCAUGAACCAUUUACAUUAACCUGGAUGGUUUGGGAAAACAAACUCAACAGUUUCAGGUACAAAUGGUUCAAAUAAUCACAGAGCAGUAUUGUUUAGCCUUGAAACAGCACAGUCCUCUAGAGGUUUCUUAGAGGGCCUCCUGCUUUAAUACUGAUAUGGUGUGAUUCGACUUAGCUUGGAAAUUACCAAGAUUUUCAACACGAGGUCCCAGGGCUGCAGGAACAGGGCCUUUCCUAUUUCAGGCAACUUAUGGACACAGCUGAGUUUUGGAAUCUACGAUACCUGUGCCUGACACAGCCACAGCUCCUAAUAUUGUGUUAUGGAUAUCCUUAUUUGCCUUUUCAUAUCAGUCACACAUAAAACCCUGCCUUGCAUCGGGUUCCGUUCCUGUUUGACUGCUCUCACAUCUUCUUCCCCGAGGCCUAGGACCUUACUGUACACAACUACACACUGUGCAGAUUUAGCAGGCAGGAAGAGGCAGGUCUCUGCAGUAGAAGCAUCAUGUUGAUAUAGAGUAAGAACAGGACAGGGAUGAAAAGGAUGGGAAAUUAGAGAGAAACACACAUACACACAUUUGCCUCUCAUGCUUGAUCAAACCAGUUACAAUCUCAAUUUCAAACCAAGUCAGCUAAAGGAGUGGUUGGGAUUAAGUCCACCACAGCAUCUGCAGUAAAUGGCACCUAGUUCACCUUCAUUUCAAGAAAAUCAUCAAAUGUACAAGCACAGUGAGCCUUUUAGAGCCCUGUGCCAUUUCAUUUCAAACUCUCUGGGCAAACACUUGUACUCUGAUAAAUAGAACACUCUUAGUUCAAAAGUCAGAUUUACAGGUCACAAGGUUCUUGUUUCCCUUCCUGAAACUUUUUAAAGAUCAGGACCAUAAUAAAAUAUUUGCCAGUCCCUAAGCAUUUUCAAUGUAAGAUCUGAAAAAUCUCUACUGAGCUUCUGAAA